GUUGAUUUUUAUGGAGGGGGGGUCUGGAAUAGAUUUAUGUUCAGACUGAGAGGCUGUCAGCUACCUGUCAAACGUGUAGCAUUAAUUCAGCGUCAGUGGAGUUUAGAGAGGUAAGCCUUUCACCUCUGUAGGACUACACACGGGAAAAACAGAUGGAAACAAACCAGACAGAAGUACAAAGGUGGACUGACACAAUGGAGACACCAACCCCAUCCAAGAUAUCCAAGGCCAACACCACCUUCUCUCUGGCCUUGUUGAAAAAGCUGAGUGACGACGACAAGACCGCAAAUAUCUUUUACUCCCCUUUCAGCAUCUCUUCAGCCCUGGCUAUGGUGAUGCUGGGGACCAAGGGCAGCACAGCCACGCAGAUGUCAAAGGUCCUCGCUUUUACUGACGCAGAGCAACCACUGUCGACGGUACCACUGCCGACGGUACCACAGCUGACGCAGACGCAAACGCAGUCGCCGAUGCAUUCGCAGAUGACGACGCGGAUGCAGAUACAGACGCAGAUACACCAGUCCAGCAGACUGCCACAGUAUCUGCUCAAGUGCCUGAGUGCCAAGAAUGGCCAAGAUGAUGUCCACGCAAGCUUUGCCGAACUGCUGAGUGAGCUGAACAAGGAGGACGUUCCGUACGCCCUCAGCCUUGCCAACAGGCUGUACGGGGAGCAGUCCUACCAGUUUGUUGAGGAAUUCUUAGCAGAAACCAGAACGCACUACAACGCCGAGCUGGAGUCUGUGGACUUCAAAGCCGGCGCAGAGGCGGCCAGGGUCAACAUCAACAGCUGGGUGGAGAAGCAGACGCAACAUAAAAUCAAGGACUUGCUGGUCCAGGAUGUUGUGGACAGCGCGACCAGGCUGGUGCUGGUCAACGCCAUCUACUUCAAAGGCAACUGGAACAAACAGUUCCAGGAGGAUUCUACUAUUGAUGCUCCGUUUAGAAUGAACAAGAAUGACUCUAAAUCGGUGAAGAUGAUGCGCCAGAAAAGUGAAUUCCCUCACACCACCAUUUCUGAGGCCAACUGCCAGGUCCUAGAGAUGUCCUAUGAAGGCAAGGACCUCAGCAUGCUCAUCUUCCUGCCCAAUGAGAUAGAGGACGACACAACGGGCUUGGAGAAGCUGGAGAAGGAGCUGACCUAUGAGAAAUUUGUGGAUUGGACUCGCUCAGACAAGAUGGAUCUAACGGAGGUUGAGGUGAGGCUGCCUCGAUUCAAGAUGGAGGAGACGUAUGACUUGAAUGACGUCCUAAUCAGCAUGGGCAUGACGGAUGCUUUUGAUGUCCAAAUGAGUGACUUUUCUGGCAUGUCCUUGACUACCGACCUGGUACUGUCCAAAGUCGUCCACAAGGCUUUUGUGGAGAUCAACGAGGAGGGAACUGAGGCUGCUGCUGCAACUGCUGCCGUGGUAACAGAACGCGCAUUAUUGAUUCCUGUCACGUUCAACGCAGACCACCCCUUCCUCUUCUUCAUCCGACACAACCCCACCAAGAGCAUUCUCUUUGCCGGCCGAUACUGCUCCCCCAACUGAGCACUACUGUAUGUCCUGCAGUCCUACGAUGGGCCCCUGGGCUCAGACAUGUAAAGGGCCCUCACCCCUCCAACAUCCGAGCAAGAGCCCCUCAUUCUAUCUUUUAGGUGAUUUGUGUGUCUCGUUGUGGCCGUUUUGCACGUCUCUGGUAGUUUUGCAUGUCUUUGUGCUCUUUUUGUCUCUCUUUUUGGUUGUUUUGUGUCUUGUUUUGGUUAUUUUGUGACUUGCUGUAACUUCAAACAUAGGCUCUGACCCAGAAGGCCCAUUCAGUAAUUCUGAUUCAGCCAGGGAUGGGAUAUAUCUAUUGUAGCUACUAUAUAGGUUUUGCUGGAAGAAAAUUAAGAAUGACUGCUCUAGACUUUGUGGGAAUUCUCAUCUGUGUUCCUGUCUUAUGUUUUCAAGAUCGAGAUUUCUCAAGAAAGUCUUUGAAAGGAAACUAUGGUGCUUAUAUUUUUCUUGCAUGCAUUUUACUCAGUGAUUCUGUCUUCUGUUUGUCGUCCUGCCCACAUUCUCCUUCUCUGUGAUCCAUGUCCGACACCCUCUGCACCCUCACAUUCUAUUCAUUCUCUCGUCCAUUCAUCUCUCAAAAAUGGAAAGAGUUACAACCGUUUCCCACAGUCUGUUCUUUGUGGAUGUUUAUGUGCUAAAUCCCAAAUCUAAUGAUUGCUGGCCAUAAAUAUACAUAAAUGUAUAUGAAUAGUAUUGUCCUGUAAUUGAGCAUGGAAAAAUAUUGUAUUAUUUCCCAUCUGAAUGUCUUAAAAUUCAAGCAACCUCCUCUUUAUCUAAAGAUUAUUUGUAAAGCUGUCAUCUGUAAACCAAACAGUAUAAUAUUAUAUGCACAUUGCCGUCUUCUGAGACUAUGUUAUGUUUAAACAUUGAAUUAUAAUACCUACUUUAUUUUCACCACUCAAAGUGCAAUGUAAUGAUCUGUAAUUUACCAUAUUCAUAUACUGAACAUGGAGUAAAGACAGAAGUGUUUACAUAUGAAGAAAGGAGAAGAAUCGGAGCAAAGAGUGUAAUAUGGAUCAUAUUGUUGUUUCAUCUUUUAAAUCCUUGCUUUACGAUACAGAAUUGACUUUAAAUAAGCAGUUAGAUCUUAUACAAUCCCUACUAAACUCAGUAAGACACAGUAAGUGAACUGUUUUUUUUGUUUUGCAUAAAUAAAUGUUGUUGGCUCAUUUGCCAAAGCCUUUUGGGAAGCUUUAUAGUGAAUAAAAAAACAGUUGAUUUACAGCUUAA